AUGUCCACCACCACCCCCGCCACGGCCACGGGUCUCGAAGCCCUCAACAACCUCGUCACCUCAACCCUCGACCUCAUCACCCGCCUCGAAUCCGUCGUCGCGAGUCUAACCGCCGAAAAUGCCCGCCCUUCUCCAUCCUCAUCCUCAUCCACCACUUCAUCCGAACAAACGAACCUCCACCCGGAAAUCAACCCCCUCCUUCUCGCCUCCGACGCCUCCACCCUCCUGCGCGCCCAUGCCACCAAGCUCUCCCUGCUAAUCAUCAACGAGCCCUUCACCCCUUCCGCAAUAAUCUCCAUCCUGCGACAACUUACUUCGGGUCCUCUGCCCGGUCUGGCCUCCGCCGCGCAGAUUUGCGGCAAUCCCUCGUCGCAAUGGACCAAGACAAUCAGCGCCGAUUUAUGCUAUCGGAUUUCGCGGGUGCUUAAGGAAACCAGAUCGCUAGUGGAAAAGAUACCAAGGGACGGAAAGGCGUUGAAGGAACCCCCCUCGGGAGCUGGACAACAAAAGGGCGGUAGUAGGGGCAGUGGAAAGCAGGGAAGUGUAGCGAACACGGGCACGUUAUGGGCGGCGUGUGACGAGCUUGUUGCUUUUUCCAAGCGCGGGCUUGGCGGGAAUUUGGUGAAGAAGACGGAGGAGAUGAGGGAUACGGUUAAGGAUGUUAUGGAGGAACUGAAGGAGUGGGGGGAGGAGACUGGAUCUGAUGACGAAGAGGAGGAUGACGAGGAUGAGGAUGAUGACGACGAGGAGGAGGAUAAGAACGUAAAGGACGUGACGCAAAGUUUGGAAGCGGCCAAGAUCGCAGACACACAAGCCAUGCUUGACGAUCUAAUGAACUCGUCUAGUUACAUCCCGCGCGACGACCCGGACAAGAUCCGCGAACGGCUGGAGAGCUGUUUGCGCCGGUUGAGGCUGGUCACGCUGCUGUACCAGGCUGUGGCGAAGCGCAGGUUCAAGAGUCUGCCGCAGGCUGCGCCGGCCGAGGGGUCGGAUAUUCCGAAGAGGUUGGACGAGAUUAUGGUUCUGCUGAAGAAGAUCCCGGAGAGGUUCGGUAGCUUGGCGCUGGCUUUCUACGAGCUGGAUCCCGUCGAGAUUGACAAGUUGAUGGACCAGUGCUUCUUUGACUGCUUUGCUGUGGCUGAGCUGUUGAUCAAGCCAUGGGAUGGAGAGAAAGAUGAGUUCUCGGAUUGGGUGGUCAAGUUCCAGGCGGAGAUCAAGAAGGCUUGA